AUGGCAACUGCAUCUGCCGAGGUCUUGUUGAGGGUGAUUCUUGCUCUUCUACUCAUGCUACGUUUAGAUUAUGGCUCGGCGUUAAGCUCGCCUCCUGAAAAGUAUCUUUUCAGCGACAAAACGCCGUAUCAUUUUAGCAGCAGGCCAAUAGAGAAGCCUCCGAGAUGCGAACCAAUACAUAUCAACAUGGUGAUUCGCCAUGGCUCCAGAUACCCGGGAGGCUCUCGAAUCAAAAAAGCGAAAAAACUGCUUGAAAAGAUAAAUAGAUUCUUCCCUAAUAAUUCCACCUUUCACUACAAAGGCCUGUCACUUCCCUGGAGUUUCCCGCCCGAUAUCAUAAAUUCGGCUAGCAAAGAGAUGUCCGAACUAGGAACAGAAGAGAUGUACUCCAUGGCAAGGCGUUUCCUCUCUAAAUUCCGCGGGAUCUUAAAACACGGCUAUUCCAAUACUAACUACAGCUUUAUCGCCACCGACAAACUGCGAUCAAGUCAGAGUGCGGUAGCUUUCGCUCAAGGCCUUUUUGAGGGAAAAGGACAUUUAGGAAGCAUGAAAUUUCGUCCAGUAGCGGUGAAGUUUUCAGGUUCUUACAACGACGACAUUGUUCUACGAAUUUUUGAAGCUUGUCCAAGAUGGCAGAAGAUUACAGCGAGGAAAAGAUCUCAAUCGGAAUACCGAAAAUUUAUGAACGGUCCAGAAAUGCGAAAAGUUUCGCGUAAAAUCGUAAAAAGGUUGCGACUAAGCGGAAAGUAUUCCCUUCGUCCUGAGGAUGCUGUGGAAAUGUUUUUGAUGUGCGCAUUUGGGGUUCAGACUGACAGCGCUGAUAGCAGCUGGUGCUCAGUGUUCGAAGACGAAGAAUUUAAAGUUUUGGAGUAUCUGAACGACUUGAAACUUUACUGGGACCGAAGUUACGGGCGUAAAAUUAACUACAAUAUGGCUUGCCCUCUCUAUGCGGAGAUUACAGAUAGCAUUGAAAGAUUCCUCAAGAAUGGGAAACCUUACGGUAUUUUCCGAUUUGCGCAUACGGGAACUGUGAUACCUCUUUUCACUAUGCUUGGACUCUACAAUGACUCAGUACCACCCCGAGCGGACAAUUUUAACGAACAGGCCAACCGUACUUUUCGCAUUUCAGAUGUAGUACCCAUGUCGGCAAAUGUUGCCUUUGUGCUUUAUAAUUGUAAUCGUGACGGUGCGAAAAGAGAUGCAAAAGCAAAGAAUGAUUGCAUCGGACAGUGUCAACAAUCCGUUAGCACUGACAGGAAUGAAUUCGGAGGGACAUUUCAGGAAUCUCAUAUAAAAAUACAGCUUCUAGUAAACGAAGCGGUGGUCGCAAUGCCGGCCUGUGAAGGAAAAAUGUACUGCAGUCUUGAAAAGUUUCUGUCUUUUUAUUCGCAUAUUAAGGAUAACUGUGACAUCAACACAGUUUGUAAUAUACAUAGUAAGUGCAAUGCUAAUAAGGGAACCCGACCUAGAGAUUAAUUGUAUUUCUAAGGCCUUAAUAGAUAAAUAAAUGAUUAUUUGCACGAAUUCUGCUGCAACUAACGGCGUAAUUUCCUUCAGUCCGUAGUAUAUAUAUAUUUACUGUAAGAUUUUACGCCAACAACUAACGACGUAAUUUCAUUCAUUCGGUAGCAUAUACUCACUGUAAGAUUUUACGCCGCAAUUAACGACGUAAUGUUUAUUCAGUCAGUGAAAUAUGCAUACUGUAAGAUUUUACGCCAUUAACUAACGGCGUUAUUUCUUCCAGUGUGUAUAUACAUACUGAGAGAUUUUACGCCGUUAGUUAACAGCUUGAAAUCUUACAGUAUGUACACCGACGUAGAUAGUGGCGUAAAAUCGUACAGCCAUAGACUGCGUUAGUCACAUAUUACGCCAUUAUCUAAUUACAGGUUAGUGCAUCAUGAUGUUGCCACAAUUUGCGUGAUACAAGAGAAUAGUCUCCGUGGCUUUAUCCAGGAAUUGUAUAUCUUCUAACGACUGAACGAAAGCGAAACAAAGUAAGGAGUUGAGGUGAAUCGAGUUUUAAAGCCGUGCGAGCUAACGGGAAAACUAAGAGAUAUUUUUUCUAAGCCCUCUAUGCCUUUUUAUUCACUGGAUGUCUCAGUUCCUGAUAUCUUGGUCAAAAACCGAACAGCCAGAAAAAAUUAGGCACAGUAAACUUGAACUAUUGCAUUUCCAUCAAGCCAAAUCUUCCCUAUUUCCUUUCCAAGUCAUGUGCGCCGACCACGCAAGAUUCACCAUCUGGAACUUGUGGAACACUGGAACGGGUAGGAUCUCGUGUAGUCAGUAUGAAAUGAGAACAACAAUUCGGAAAGAAACUGUUACGUCAUAUUUAUCCUUUGAACAUUACACAGAGGUACAAAUUAUCAUAAAAUCCAUUUCUGAAUUAUGACCAAGGUCAAAAGCGAUGAUGCUCACGAUCGUCGGGCAAAUAUUGUCUUUAAACUGGCCUUUUGUCACGUUUAUAAUAUAGUGAAAUCAAAAUUGGUCCCAGAUUUACUGAACAAAAUUGUUUUCCUGACACCGAGAAUAAAUGGUUUUAACACACUUUCGAAUCUCCCCAGAAAAAAGAUCGUACUUGCAUUUCCUUGUCACGCGUUCUAGCACAUGUUUGAAGUCACUGUGGAACCUUUCACCAAUAGAAACUACAUAUUAUGCAAUAUGCAAUGAACGCCGUACUGAAGAUGCAGAUGAUAUUGGAGAUCUCGCGGCAACGCGAUGGAAACCCUGUGUCUCUGCUGAUCACACUAAACGCCUAUUUUUCAUAAGCUAUUUUUUUGAUGUUGGAGAAAAACGGAGAUAAAAGAACUAAACCUUGAAAGGCCAGGAUCCUCCAAGGGUAAAAAGCGGCUACAAGUAACACAGAAGGGUCCGCGUCAUUACUGUUUUUUUACCAACGUUUCAAAAUAUGCAAUUAUCAGCAGAGGCAUUGUUGAUUUAAAGGCAAGCCAGUUUUCAAAGGCAGAAAACAGAUAGACCGCCGAUUGAAAUGCUCUAGUUGAAUGACAAAGCUAUUGCGUUACACGCGGUAACAUACAUCACCGGAAGCACGUGAAAAGUAAAAUCACGCGACUGCGAGAUUUCUAUAAUUGGUGCGUAAUUUCCCUUAAAAAACGGGAUGAACCAGUUGUUAUGACGAAAUAGAACACGUGAUCACUCUUACUAUAUAAACUGGCGCUCCCCACAAUUUAGAGGUACUUUCAUGGCGGAAAGUCUGGUAAGGGUUUUCCUUUAGACGUAAUACCAGAAUAACGAAUUUAAGCGGUCACCGUCCUUUCCUCGAGAGAUUGUAUACAAGGUAAUUUCAGUUGAAUCACAUCUUUAGUUUCUACAAUGUUUUGCUUGAGUGUUGGGUAAAAUUCGGAAUUUCGUUGAAAUUUUUGCGGUAGUGUUAGGCCGGUCCGCCGCGAUUUUUGUUAUCCUGGACUCGAUGGUAAAGCCCAAGUUAUCUUAAGAAAUGUGGCAUGCUCUUUCUACUGUUUAACUUCGCGUUUUAAGAAAUAUGAACUUCUGUAACAGCUUCUUUGUUUCCUGGAUUUUUACACUGUUUUGUUUCUGGAGAACUACAUUGACUCUCUUGAUAUAUACUAGCCACAGUUGUUGCCCUGUUGCUUGGAAAUCGUUAAUCGAUAGCUUACAGUGAAAUUUUUACGAUCUAUAGUUAGGCGAGAUAGCGAAGGCGAAAUGUUCGUUUAAUAAAUGUGUUUUCUCUAGUCGGAGAAUUUCGAAUUUUGUCGGCCGACACUUCUAAAGAUAACUAUCGAUUAGCCCUCUUGCCGGUAGAAUAUUUUAAAUAGCGUUAUCGCUUGCACUUUCGCUUAACUAAGUUAUCCGCCCAGAUUGAUAACCGGUGAGAGUUUCACAAAUUUUAUAUCCCGUGUAAAGAAUUUUCGCAAUUAACUCGUCAGAGGGUUCUUGAAUCUUUAGAGAAACGGAGAUAACUUUAAGGUUAAAUAUUCAGGGCAAUAUUCGUCCGUGAAAAUGGUAUGCGGUAAUUUUGUUGACACUCAAAAUAUGCAUAUGGCCGGAACCGGAUUUGGGCAAGGAAAUAAAAAAGUUUAAAAAAAUUGAUAGUUUGAAAGUUCUGCAUACCAUAUAGUCUAGAGAGUACCAUUUACACCCCAGUGCUAGAGUUGACUAAAAAAGUCAUGAAUUUUUUUCGGGCUCUUACACAUUGUUGCCUGCAUGAGGAAGAAAUAUGAUAUGCCUUAAGUGCUCUCCACCAGAAAGAUUAACCUGUAAAACCUCUAAGUGUUCAAUUAUAUCUGUUAUGAAGUUAAAUCAAAGUGCAUAAACAGUGAUAAUAUCAGUUCAAGACUAAAAUUGCAAUGCCAAAAUUUUCAGUAGUUAUGUUAUACUUAAAUUGCUAUCCACCAGGGUGAAAAACCUGCACAAACUUUUAAAUCAUGACAACAUGAUGACUUCAAUUCCUCAAAGAGAAAUUAAUCCAAUUAUUCUUUUGAGAUGUGCAAACAACCAAAAUAUUGAUUAUCACUAUUUUGGUGUUAUUUAUCUGUGUUGUGGUGACAAAGACAAUUGCCAUUUAAUUAGUGCUAUAUCCAAUGUUUCACUGAUUGUGAUAAAGGGAAAAAUCAUUGUACCUUUCUCAUAGUUUAUUUCUGAUUGUGGUUUGCAGCUUAAGCAUUUCCCUUCUGUAAAAUGGCAUUAAAUAGACAGGCAAGGAAAGUCUUUGGGCUACUUCAAAGAAGAUGUAUAAGACAGGUCCAUUUUAAGAGUCAAACUUCCUUUAAAGGUAAGAACAGGGUUUAAAGUGUGGCAAGUGAUAUCAUUGGAGUGUGUUUAGUGAGAAGCCUACACAUUAGAAGGAAUACGAGUUUCUGUAAACAACAAAGCAAGGAGUACAUCAGGAAAUUAUAUUUUUACAGUAUUUACAAAGCAACUUCUGAUGGAAAGGUUAUGGAAUCUCUAAAUUUUAAAGUGAAAACCUUGAGGUUGAAUUAAGACUCCAAGCUGGAAAAUUGUAAUCCUCCCAUUGAGUUUCAUAAGAAAAGUUUGUUCCAUCUGUUUAAUAAAUUUGCAUUCUUCCUUGUGAUGAGAAUGUUGUUCUUGAAUUUUGCAGGGAUAUCAGCUCUCGGGGUGUGGAAUGAGAGACUUGGAUUUGGUAUAGACAAUGAAGGAAAGGUUGUUCUUGUGGCACAAGCUUCUCAGUAAGUUACAGUUAAUGGUUAAUGUUGAUUUGUUUGAUGAUAUACAGUAAUUGAGCAGUGUUGGCUCUUCGUUAUUCUGCUUCUUAGGGUCAGUGUAAAGGGGCACAUCAAGGCCUUCCCAAAGUUGAAGUUACCAGGAUUGUGCCUUGAAUGAUCAGUGUGACAUGGUGGUCUUGUUUUUGUUCUUUUUCGUUUUUUCCUUUUUUCCCUAAUGAGACACAAAAGGGGAGAGGGGAACUUUGCAUUUUUAUUGAUUGAUUACCUUGAGAUCAUCCAGCUUUACAUAUUUUAUCCAGUGUGAACUCUAGACCACUUAAUUUUGAACAUAGUUACAAGUACAUGUAACUAAGAAUAAAUUACCUUUACUUAAUUAUUCAUGUUAAUCUUCAGACAUCUUUUUACAAUGUAACAAAUUUGGAUACAACUACUUAUAGUGACUUUGACAAUAACUUCUGACAACUUUUAUUUCUAGUGCAGUAACACUUUUACUUACGUAAAACUAGCCAAUGUCUGAAAUGACUCUAGGGCAAAGUAAACAAUUGGGCACAACACACAUUGCAACUGACUGAAUUUCUUUUAAACUCUGUUUAAAUGAUUGGUUCCAUCAAUGACUUUUUCUCACAAACAUUUUCACUUUGGAACUUUAUCCUAGGUAAACCAAGGUAUGUUUCAAUUCCUUGCUGGUCAAGAUCCUCAGUGGAGAAAAUCAGAGUUCUCUGUAGGCCCAGACGACUGGCACAAAUGUUGUAUAGUUGUUCUGGGCAUACAAAAUCCUUUGAAAAUUUUUUUUUGGGGUUUCAUGAUGAAAAGAAACUUGAUAUGACAAAUAUCAAACAACUCUUUAGUUAGAAAGAAAACUAAAUUUUUCAGAAGAAUUGAUAGGACACAAUUGGCCCACAAUAUGAAACCAAAUGAGUGCUAUCACAAGAUUUUGUGGAUAGCCAAGCAUAUAGUUUGCAAAUUUAUGCAGCCUAGUCUCAACACUGGAAAAAGUUUAAGUUGAAGUGGCUUAAAAAAAAGAAGUUAAUUGGUAGUAAAUUGACACACAGCAUUAGUGGCCACUUUUAAUUUCAAUCAAUUUUUUAAAUUUUUGUGGAAUUUGAGAAGAAAUUCAGAACCUUUAAUUCGACUUUCACUGGAACAGAUUAAGUAUGUUUCUCAAAGCAGAAAUGGUAGAUUCUGAAAGGUUAAGCUGUUUUUUAUUUUGUUUUGUUGGUUUUUUUAGCUUUCUAUUUGUGUAUUAUCAUUAUUUUAAUAGAAGGGCUGUUUGUUUGGAUGCAAGGCUGAAUCCAAGCCUAACAAUUUCUGAUAUUGUUUUCCCAAAAUAUUGGAAUAUUUAGCCAUGAUACAAAGUCAUUCAAAAGUUGUAAUAUUAGUAGAAAAUAACAAAAACAGGUGGUCUUUCUCAACUGUGUGACAGUGUUUUGAGUUUUAAGUUUCUGGCUGUGUAACUUGGUUUUAAAGUAUGAACUGUUGUAAUCUAACCUUGGUAGUACUAAAUGAAUUGUAAAUGAAUUCUUGUAUAAAUUGAAUAAUCAGGUAAGUGUUAUAAUGAUCAGUCUUUUGAUAUAACCACCUCCUCACAGUCCAAAAAAAAGAAAAGAAAAGAGAGACAUUUCAAUGGUCCUUCUCAGAAUUUAAAGUGAUGCUUGUUCUAAAGUUUCAAAGAUUUUAGCAUGAGAAUUUACAUUUGGCAUUUAAAUGUCACAUUAUCUUGAAAGUGAUAGUAGUCAUGUGGUGUUUCUAAAUAGUGUUGGAUACAGCAAGCGAGGUUGUUAUAUUAAAGCUUUAGUUUACUGUAGUUGUGUGCAGAGGCCUACAAGCUUUGCUUGUUAAAGGCCUGAUGUUAUGUGGUGCUGAUAUGUAAUUGUCAACAGGCAAAGUGCUGAUGGGUUUGAUUACAACAAGUUUUACGGCCCUCCAGCUGCCCCAGAGCAAACCAUUCGAACAUCAGCAGUGAAAAAAGCAUUUAUUGACAAAGACCUCUGGAACCAGGGUCCUAGAAUAACAGGUAUCCAAAGGGUUACAUUAAUUGUAGGAACUGUCAUAUUCUUGAUUGAUAGUGGCAUGAUUCCUCAAGAUGACAGUAAGCUAUAUCUUGGUUUUUAGAAAAUUUAUAACCCAUUGUCAAAAGUUUUCAUUAAUUAUCUUUUCUGCCUCUGGUGUAACUUUCCUGUCCUUGAAAGAGGGCAUGUCUUAAGUCACAAUCUUUAAACUAGACAUACACUCAACCAAAAACAGAUUCCCUUGAGACUAUUUUAUUGUAAAAAGCUACCAGAAGGUUUUUUAUUAUUAUUUAAGAAUGAAAAGAAAAUGAGAAAUGUUACAAUGUUAUUUAAAGUUUGGCAAAAGUUAGCUUGAGAACAGGCUUCACUUUGGUUUGUUCGUUUUUUUCAAUAAAGUAGUUGUGGAGUGUUGUUUAUGUAAGCAAAUUAUGGUUCCAUGGUAUAAAAGCAAUUGAGUUACUUUGCUACAUGCAAAGAAAUCCUAAUCUCUCAAGAAUCUUUCAGAAAUGAUCACAUUUCCCACACUUACCUAGAUAUGAUUGACAUGUUAGGUUUGCUAGUCACUGUCUCCCACUUCCCCCCUUUUGUGUUGCUAAUAUCACUUGGCUCCUGUAGGAAAUGCCCCUUGGGCUAGACCUCAGCUCCCUCGACGUGGUGGCUGUUCAGCAGGUUUCUCAUCCCUUGCUGGUGAUGGCCAAAGCAGUGGAUCAUCUUUCCCAGACUCCAUGGACCCUUCCCUUGUGAUAUUUGACAAAGAUGGUACUCUGAUAGAUUUGAAUAAUGUGUGGAUUCCUUGGAUGGAGAGUCAUGUGAGGGAACUGGAAGAGGCAACUGGUCUUGAUCUGGCUGACAAAAUGUAUGAAGAAGUGGGUUAUUGUCCUAAGAAGCGCAUCUACUCUGACGGAGGCUUGCUAGCCCAUGCGACUGUUGCUGAAAUCAGACAAGCAUUUGUCACAGUGUUAAUCAAGAGUGGUUUAGAUAGAGAAAAAGCACAGAAGCUGGUUAGCAACUGCUGUAAAGAUUUUGACAGUGGUGGGCAUGAUACCCUGGAGCCUCUGGGUGACCUCCCAGCAAUUUUUGAAACUCUGAGGGCAAAGGGUGUUAAGACUGCAGUCUGUACAACUGACAGUCGAGAAGGCACUCUGUCAGCUCUUGACAGGUUAGGCCUCAUGAGCAUGAUUGACAAAAUUGUUUGUGGGGAUGAUACAGACAUCAAACCAAAACCCAAUCCCGAAACUGCCUUGGGCAUUUGUGAAGAGUUAAAUGUUUGUCCAACUCAAACUGUUAUUGUUGGUGACACUAUUGCCGACACCACAAUGGGUCGUUCUGCUGGGCUGGGUCUAACAAUAGGUGUUCUUAGUGGGGCUGGCAACCAGAAAUUUCUAGAAAAGGAGGCUGACAUUGUUUUAAACAAUGUGGAUGAGCUUCUAAAUGCCUUAUAUCCAUCAGACUCAUCAUCUUCAUCGUCCUCCUCUUGAUCUUAAAGUAAACAAAGGUGCUCACAUAAUUUUUUGUGCAAGUCCUGAUUAAUAUGUGUCUUAUAAUUUCCUUUUGUACUCCCUGGCAAUCAAUAUGAUAUGCAAUUUUGGAAAUGAGUUAUCAAUAUCAGUUGUAAUUAUUUGUUACAUGGGAGAGUGAAGGAAGUUAAACUUUGCCCUAGUUCCAGAAAGCCUUUCUGUAACUAAAAGCACUAGCAUCAAAGAUUUAAAAUUGAAAAGUGUUUUUUUUUAAGGUUCCCAAUUACUACUUGUAUCUGACAGUAACAAACAGAAACCCCUCAAAUGUUGUUACAUAAACAUAUAGUGGACAUAGUCAACUCAUGAGAACAACAUUGAUUUGUAAAUAGUCAAAAAUGUAUAUUAAGCUUCCUCAAAAGCCUUUUAUUCACUACAAUUUGAACUUCUUAGUUGUUCAAGUGUGCUACAAAUAUGCAUUGGGCUCUCUUUGAUGGGUAUCUUUUGUAGUAAACUGAAUUGUACAGGCUUGAAUUUUUUAGUGAUGCACAACACCUUGAGGGUGAUUUCUGCAUAACUGAACUACUUGGUGGGGACUAAUUGAUAACAGAUUGCUGAAGUUUAAUCUCUUAGUAAUACAUUGAGAAUGCAUAACCUGAUUUAAGGAAAAGGAAUGAAAAUAAAGAAAAUACUGUGUAUUAAAGGAGACUGAUCCCAUCUUACCUUGCUAACAGCUGAUGUUCUCCAAUUGCACUAAAUGAUCAUGUUUUAUUGAUAACAGCAUGCAUGUGUAGUAUAGGAGUAUCCACUGCCUCUUUGUUUUACCCCUUUUCACCUUUUCUAAUACCUUAGGAACAGUAAGAAAACCACAAUGAAAGUUCACAUUCCUGCAAAUAGGCUCUAAAAACGACAUGUCUCUCCAUAGAUGUGGUUCAAAUUCAGACUUGACCUUUGGAUUCUUGAAGCUUUCCAUAGUUGAUUUCCUUACAAAUUGAAUUUCCUCAGAGAUAAGACUUUUGUGACCCAAUGACCAUUUUAAUUUAUAAUUUGCAUCAGUCCUAGGAUUUAAAAACGAAAAACCACCUUUGCAAUGAAAGCUUUCCUCAACUAAGUAUUUCUGGGAGUUAAAGAGUACAAGGAUUCUUUAGAAGAUAUGGUACACCCUGAUGGUCACAAUAAAGUUUCAUAGAAGGGUUUUAGAAGAAGUUAACUUUUAAAAUCUGUAUGGAAGACUUUUACCUUGGUGACUUAAACACAAAUUAAUCUUCGAGAGGUGCCUAUUGAAGACAAAAUAUUUGAACAGUGGAAUUCCCAUCCCUUGCUAAGAAAAGAAAAGAGGUCUUUAUUUAAAAAAGGGGGGGUUUGUUGAAAUAGGCUGUCCACUCAUAAUUUGCAUUAGCUGACCAGAAACGGUUAUUUUUAGAUCACUGACUUGUGUUGAUAAAAAUGUGUCUGAGAAGUGUCCUAUUUAAAUCUUUUAGUGUACGAGUUACUGCAAGGGUAGGAAGAAAUGACCUCAUUUUUCAAGGGCGAUGGGUUUUCAGAAAGGUGUUGGCAUGACGACGACGGCAUGGGAAAGUUUUAAGAACUUUUCCGGAAUUUAUUGCAAGUGAAAUUUCUAUUGCGUGAUUGCCUCUUAUUGUGACAGAAAUCCCUACCAGUGAAGCUUUAGUAUUUAUUGUAUUUUGCAUUUAAUUCUCUUUCACUCGAAGCUGAAUUUUUUUUUUGUUUUUUUUUGAGAACAAUGUUUUGUAAUCUACGAACGCGAGACUGAUGUAAGCCACUUGUAUAGGAGUUGUACUAUUUAUUGUAUUAAGUAUCAAUACACUCUAAGGCACAAAUUAAGAGUAGAGUAAUCUCCAUUAUAAUGACAUUUAUGUAAAUACUGUCCAUGAAGAGUUGUGUGAAUUGUAAAUAUGAAGAUUAUGUCC